GGAUUGUUUGCCCUGCGGGGCGAGGGCAUGUUCGCAACACGCAGCCUGGCGCCCAAACCAAGACGGAGUCUGGGGGAGGCAAGGUGAUCCCGAAGUCCAUUCCGCCCUCAGCUCGCGUGGCCUCCUGUCUCGCAUGGAGCUGUCAAAAUAAGAGCGAAUACGUAAUCAUCUUCUGUUCGGACGGGCUUUAUUUGAUUGAUCCUUUUUCCUACGAAGACUCAGAACAUCCGAGCGUGCCGUGCUUUGCUUUAAACGUGGAUGACGUGUUGGGGACAUCUUUAGUGACAUCUGACGUGUACCUUCAGCGGCAGGAUGGAGGCUGAUUUUUUUUUCCUCCCCUGUUUGUGGUCAUGCCUGGGCGCUGGCUUUGUGUGAUGCAAAAACUUGAGGGCAUCCGUUGGCAGGAGCAAGCACAAUCCUCGAAUUGCAACGCGAUCGCCGAUCUGAUUUACAUUUAUGAGACACGUAAGUCUAGGAGCCAGAGUGGAGCAUCUCCGCUCUCAGUGAAUUAAGACAACAUGACCAGGCCUGCAUGUAUUUCCUGAUUCCUCAAUUACAUCAAGCAAAUUCAAAAUCUGGGAUUAGUUAUCUCGCAAUUUUCACCUUUUUGUUGAAAGCCAGAAAGAUGAGAAAAUAAAUCUGCUUCUAAAAAUUUCAAUACCAUGCAAGUCUUACCCAAGAAGAUAAUCGACCCCUUGUCAUAAGCACUGCUAGUGGAGACGACCGUCUGCUGCCUUUUGUCACUCCACCGAGAUACUGCUGUGAUCAGUGAAAAGAGUCGCCUUCCCCAUGACAACAUGUCAGCGAAAGAGCACAGCCCCCGACACGGUGCAAAGUCACGCGGUGUGCAGCGGGCCUCCACCAUCGAUGUCGCUUCUGACAUGUUAGGUUUGUCUUUGUCAGGAAACAUCCAGGAUCCAGAUGAGCCAAUCUUAGAAUUCAGUUUAGCUUGCAGUGAGCUGCUUACUCCGUCGCUAGAUAGAAAGCCAAAUAGUUUUGUAGCAGUGAGUGUCACUACACCUCCUCAGGCAUUCUGGACAAAACAUGCUCAAACUGAAAUUAUUGAGGGAACAAGCAAUCCUAUCUUUCUCAGCAGCAUUGCCUUUUUUCAAGACUCGCUUAUUAAUCAGAUGACGCAAAUCAAACUUUCUGUAUAUGAUGUUAAAGAUAGAUCUCAGGGAACUAUGUAUUUAUUGGGUUCUGUGGUCUUCACUGUAAAGGAGGUACUUACGGAGAAGAACCAUAGGUUGCAUUUAACACUAAGAUCUGCUGAAAGUGACCGUGUUGGUAACAUUACAGUCAUAGGAUGGCAAAUGGAGGAAAAAACAGAUCAAAGACCUCCCAUUACCAGGUCUCCUGACACUAUCAAUGGAAGGACUGUGCUUCCAGUUGAUGAAAGUUUAACAGAGUCCUUAGGUAUCCGAUCCAAAUAUGCUUCAUUACGAAAAGAUGUUUUGUUAAAAUCUGUUUUUGGAGGGGCCAUUUGCCGGAUGUAUCGGUUCCCCACCACGGACGGGAACCAUCUGAGGAUCUUGGAGCAAAUGGCAGAGAGUGUGCUCUCCCUACACAUCCCCAGGCAGUUUGUGAAACUGCUACUUGAGGAAGAUGCAGCAAGGGUUUGUGAACUUGAAGAGCUGGGAGAGCUGUCUCCUUGUUGGGAAAGUCUUCGUCGGCAAAUAGUUACUCAGUACCAAACAAUUAUUCUGACUUACCAGGAAAACCUCACGAAUCUUCAUCAAUACAAAGGACCAUCAUUCAAAGCAAGUAGCCUGAAAGCAGAUAAGAAGCUGGAAUUUGUUCCUACGAAUUUACACAUACAGCGAAUGAGAGUCCAGGAUGAUGCAGGAUCAGAUCAGAAUUAUGACAUCGUAACUAUAGGGGCACCGGCUGCUCACUGCCAAGCCUUUAAAGCUGGUGGCCUGCGGAAAAAGCUGCAUAAAUUUGAAGAUGCAAAGAAACACAGUUAUGAGGAAUGUUGCACUUCAACCACUUCCCAGUCAAUAGUGUAUAUACCACAGGAUAUUAUUCGUGCAAAGGAGAUUAUUGCACAGAUCAAUACCCUCAAAACUCAAGUUAGCUACUAUGCGGAAAGACUUUCCAGAGCUGCCAAGGACAGAUCAGCCAAUGGACUUGAAAGAACACUUGCCAUUCUUGCAGAUAAGACACGACAGCUUGUCACUGUGUGUGACUGCAAGCUGUUGGCAAAUUCUAUACAUGCACUGAAUGCUGCAAGACCAGAUUAUAUAGCCUCAAAGGCCUCUCCAACCUCUACAGAGGAAGAACAAGUAGUGCUAAGGAAUGACCAAGACACUCUGGUGGCCAGAUGGACAGGACGAAAUAGCCGAUCUUCUUUGCAGGUUGACUGGCAUGAAGAAGAAUGGGAAAAAGUCUGGGUGAAUGUUGACAAAAGUCUUGAAUGCAUUAUUCAGAGGGUGGACAAACUGCUUCAGAAAGAGCGAUUACAAAGUGAUAGCUAUGAAGAUGUUUUCCAGUGUGACGUCAGCUGUUCUAGCAAGAAAGGUAAACGGGACACCCGUGCAUACUGGAUAAAGCCAAACACCUUAAAUGAGAUUUCAUCAUCUUCAUCAUCCCCACCAUCAUCUUCAUCCAUGUCAUCCUCUGCAUGCCAUUGCCCCAGAAUCACAAAUUGCAGUCCCAAUCCUGAAGAGUCCAGCCCAGGUGAAUGGAGUGAGGCCCUUUACCCAUUGCUGACAACACUCACAGAUUGUGUGGCCAUGAUGAGCGACAAGGCGAAGAAAGCAAUGGUGUUUCUCCUGAUGCAAGACAGUGCCCCUACCAUAGCUCUUUGCUUGAGCCUUCAGUACCGAAGGGAUGUUGUCUUUUGCCAGACUCUCACAGCUCUUAUCUGUGGCUUCAUUAUCAAGCUGAGGAACUGUCUGCAUGAUAAUGGAUUCCUGAGGCAGCUCUACACCAUUGGCCUGCUGGCACAAUUUGAAAGCCUUUUGAGUACUUAUGGUGAAGAGCUGGCAAUGCUAGAGGAUAUGAGUGUUGGUAUAAUGGACUUGAGGAAUGUAACAUUUAAAGUAACCCAGGCUACAUCGAAUGCAUCUGCCGACAUGCUGCCAGUUAUUACAGGAAAUCGGGAUGGGUUUAAUGUGAGAAUCCCAUUGCCAAGCACCUUGUUUGAUGCGCUGCCCCGUGAGAUUCAGAGUGGCAUGUUACUGAGAGUUCAGCCUGUUCUCUUCAAUGUGGGAAUCAAUGAACAACAAACCUUAGCAGAAAAGUUUGGAGACACUUCAUUACAAGAAAUGAUUAACAUGGAAAGUUUAGUAAGAUUGAAUUCCUACUUUGAGCAGUUCAAAGAAGUUUUGCCUGAAGACUGUCUACCUCGAUCCCGUAGUCAAACGUGCCUGCCUGAAUUGUUGCGGUUCCUUGGACAGAAUGUACAUGCAAGGAAAAACAAGAAUGUUGAUAUUCUUUGGCAAGCUGCAGAGAUUUGCCGCAGACUAAAUGGUGUCCGGUUUACAAGUUGCAAAAGUGCCAAGGAUAGGACUGCCAUGUCAGUGACACUGGAACAGUGUCUCAUAUUGCAGCAUGAACAUGGAAUGGCCCCACAGGUUUUCACCCAGGCCCUGGAGUGUAUGAGGAGUGAGGGUUGUCGAAGAGAAAAUACAAUGAAGAAUGUUGGAUGUCGCAAGUAUGCAUUUAAUUCUCUGCAGCUGAAGGCUUUCCCCAAGUAUUACAGGCCUCCUGAAGGAACUUAUGGAAAAGUUGAAUCAUAAGAUUAUUAUGUCUUGUAAUUAGUUGUUCCAUUAAAACACGUGAAUACAUUCAACUUUAGUAUUUGAACUUUGACAACAAUGUCAGAAACAAUUUUUGUAUGUUUCACUAGGUAAUUCUGAGCAUGUAAUUUUAUUAAAUUGGAUUCUAUAGGAAAAGAUUAUUUGCUGACCCCAAUGUAAUGUUAUGUAAUGACUUCUCAUGUAACUAGCCAUCAGUGUAUGUAAGAUGCUUGAAUACCAUUGUUUUAUUACCUAGAUGCCUAUCAAGGGACUAUCAAGGAUUUUAUGAAUGAUGUUUGGGCAGCUGCUUCACUCAUCUUUUUAUAUAGAUUUACUUUAAAAUUUAGACUUUCAUAUUACUUUUUAAAACCUCAGAGUUGUAAAUAAUAAACAGGUUUGUCGUGAUACAGUUUGACAAGUACAAGAGGCAGGAGAAAAUUAAGCCCAGUUUUUAAGCCAUGGCAGCACAGUAAAUAGGAGCUUAAAAUGUUUUGCUUUAUUAGAACACUAUCAAACCAGGGGGGUGGGGGGUAAUAUAAAAGGCCAGAAACUGACAUAACACCCACUUCUGCUUGGUUCAGAAGCUGGAAUGGACCCUUGAUUAUUUAAUUUCACCCAAUAAACUUCUGUUUCAAUGCUUUUGAGUGGUCGAGAGCUAACAAACAACAUUUGUAAGAGCUAAUUAGGCAAGAGAUAGUUGCCCAUUUAAAAUAGUGCAUGAGACUAGUAUUGCAUGAGAGUAAUAGACAGAGGACUCAGGCAUUAAAAUGGGCAAUCUUAUUGGCAUUAUGGAUCAGAUAAGCAACUGCAUUCUCAUCUGUACUAAGUGCCAGUGAGGACUGUGUAGGCCAAGUCACGUGCAUAUCAUCAUAUGUUCAAUUUCCUAUCAAUUUGAACCUCUUUCUGCCACUCCGUUACAGCACAGUGAUAUUUAGUGACAGCCACCAUAUGCAACAGACAGAACUCUUGAUUCUUUAUUUUCGCACAUAACAGGUUCUUAAGUGAGUUUAUUUGCACAGGACUGCUUUUCCAAAUAUACAAGGCUUCUUCCAAGUACCUAAGUUGUUUGCUAGCUUGACAGGCUGAUCCUAAGCAAAAUUCAGAUGUGGUUUAUCUCCCUGUUCAAAUAUCACCACUGAAAGUGGCAGUUAUUAACUAUAAACUAAGGAUUCGUUUCUUUCCCUCAAGUUUGUCCCUCCUCUUUUUUUAGCUGUGUCAAUCUCUGUAUUAUCAGACUGAUACACAGCUGGAAACAAAUUUUCUUGAAUUUUUCAUGAACGCUACCAGUGUGUGUUUUGAUACCAAAAUGACCAUUAAGGUUUAGAAUAGUAUUAAUUUCAAACCUGACUAAAGCUCAAUUCAUAUCUUCACCUUGGAAUAAAAGGCUGUAUACAUGGUGGUUUUUAUCACAUUGGUCUCAUUUAGACAGAGCUGAACCUUAAAUUAGUGCUAUGUGAGCAAGCCAGGGGCUUCUGUAUUUGACACUCUCUUCUCUGGCACAGCCUCAAAAUAGAGAUUGAAAGCACUCACUUCCUGUUUGUACUGCCUUGGUGUAUCAUUAGAUCCAAAAAGAGCAAACAGUAGUUAGAUAUUGGAACAUGUCAGGAUCAAACUGUAGCUUCCGAUUGUGGCUUGUUUCAGCAUACUGUAGUUUUAAUGAAACAGAGUGCCCAGUCUGUAUGUAACAGGAAACUAAUUAGUUUAAACUUGGAAGGAGAUGCCUCCAAUCCUUCUACAGUUAUCUCAGAAGAGGCAAUGGGAGUACCAGGCCUGAGACUCACUAAUGCUCAUCCAUUUAAUGGUCAACCAAUUUUUAGCCUUUUGACUGAACUGGACCACUGUCUUCAAAUGAGAGAUGUUCGUGAAAAGCCACUAUGCAUCAAAUAUACAGUUAGAAAAAAUGAUGUAAAGUACACACUUGCAGACUGUGCAGGUUUAAGUCAAAAUGUGUGAAUCAUGAUUAAGGAAGAGUAGCACACUCUUCUGUUGCCCACUAAUACGUGAUCAGCAGCUCUUUGUAAGGAGUCCCUGUAAACAACAUAUAUCUAAAUUGUAAAAUAAGCAUUAACUUUGAACUGUUUCAUACUUAGUCUUUUGUAGAAUUGUUUCAUCCCAUAUACAAUAGUCAAAAGAUUUUCCUUUUCAUUCUAAGAGUGUAAUCCAUUUUUUCCAUUUUAAAUUCCAUUGAUAUUAGUGGGAUUUUCUUAUAAGUGCGUUUGAUGCCAUGGGCCUUCUAAUGGAAAUGGCAACUCUGGUUCACUUUUUUUCAACAAAAAAAUGUUGCUGAUUUACCCGUAACAUUUUCUAAGUGUGUUUUACUUUUCCUUGGUGUUUAUCACUGCACUUUUAGUUUGUGUUUAGGCCCACACAAAUUUGUUUUAGUUUGGUUUUUAGCAAUUUAGCACCUGAGCUGUGGUAUACAUGCUAACAAUGUUUUUGCUGAAUUAGUUCUUUAUUGCUACUUCAAUCUUGUUUACAGUUCCAGAAUUAAGAACACUGUAAUAUGCAUAUCCUCAGCACCAAAUGUAAAAUUCUGUGGGCUAUGUUAAAUUGUAUUAUUGGAAAAACUCCUACUGAUUUAGCAGACAAACUAUCUUUUGAUCAAUAUUAAACUUUUAUUUAUUCUCUGUUCACUGCCCAUAUAUAUAUAUUUAAUGCACUUAAAGAAUGUAAUAAAUUAUAUGUCAGUUUUUAAAUAUUAUUUUGCAGGGAAGGAAUAGUAAGUUAUUAGAGAAGAUUGCAUUCAUAUAAGUGGUCCAAUCCUAAAAUAUUUUACCAGCAAUAAGUGUUUAGGAUUGAAUUUGUAGCCUGUAGCCUACAUAGCAUCACAUGAUACAUCAUUCUUAGUCUGUUUCAGGCAUCUUCUGCAGCCCUGGAAGCUUUCCCUAUUAUAAUGUCUCCCUGUUAUUUUAAAGGGAAAGGCAAGCUCUGCAUGUACAAGAGAUUGUGCAAAGCUGCUUUUCCCAUGCAAAUAAAUAUGAAACGUAUCUGCAUUAAAGAGAGAGAUGUACACCAAAAAUUAAUAGAACUGGCUUGGAACUGUAUCAGCAUUGAAAACAGCUGGUAAAGCCUUAGGUCAGGUGGUUUAGAACCAGAUUUUUAGUUAUAUUCCCUCUAAGUUACAGUGAUCCUUUAUUCUACAUUCCUAUUAAAUUACACUAUUUAAGUUGCUUGUUUUUAUAAAGUUGCAUUCACUUCAAGGAGGCCCUGGAGAAUACAUCUAGCAUUACAAUAUUUCUCUAAAUAAUUUCCAAACUCAUGUGCAUGCUUUGCUAUCCCUUUUAGCGUAGCAAAACACCAGGCUAUAAUCCCUUAUUUAAUGUGGGGAAAGGGGUCUGAUAUUCUAAUUUGCAUUCUUUUUGGCUGCUUGCCAUGUGUAGACCAAUCUUGUCUAGCUAAUAUUUUGUAUAGACUACUAUAUAUACAUAGGGUUCCAAGAUGGACAGGCUGAAUAAAGCUUGAUCAAAAAUGGGAAACCCAUGAAACCAUAAAUCCAUAUAGGAAAUGUCAUAUGAGUAGAUUUUUUUACUGUUUUGUUUUUGCACAGAAAAGGCAUUCUUAAGAUUUACUAUAACAUGAAGCUCAAGCUAAUACUGUUUUUCAGUACAUUUUUUUAAAAAAUGAAAAAAUGCCAGAGGGGUUUGAAAGAAGGUGCUGCCAAGUAUGUUCUGUGUAUGUUUUCUGAAACACUCGCAGCACAAUUGACUUUGGGUUUCAUUUAUGUAUGUAGAGCUAUGGUAAAUAGAGCACAGUUUGUCGCAACACAGUUGUAUUUGCCAAGCUUUGUGCAUUGAAGUUUUAUUAUUUAUUUGUUUGGGGGGCAGUAUUAAUAAUACCAUAAAUAUAUGGUUACUGUUUUAUAUAGUCUUCAUUCGUCCAAUCCAUGUAUGCUGUAAAUGUGCUAGUCUUUAGGGAUUAAAAAAUAAAGAACUGACAAGAAUGUU